AAAAUGCUGAGCAGCGUCCUCCUGCUGAGCGUCCUCACGGUCACUAGCCUGUCACGUUCCGAAUCGGAGAGCCGCAAAACUUCAGCCUCCAAAGACAUCUGCAAGACCCGCUGCGCCUGCGAGGAGCGGGAGAACAUACUGAACAUCAACUGCGAGAAUAAAGGAUUUACCACCGUCAGUCAGUUCCAGGCGCCAGCAAACAAAAUCUCCCAUUUCUUUCUUAAUGGAAACUUCCUGUCACGGCUCGGUGCCAAUGAGUUUGUCAGUUAUGGCAAUGUCACCUCACUGCAUCUGGGGAAUAAUGGAUUGCAGGAGAUCCGAACCGGGGCUUUUAACGGGCUUCGCUUUCUGAAGCGGCUCCAUUUGAACAACAACAACCUGGAGGUGAUUAAAGAGGACACCUUUGCAGGACUGGAGAGUUUGGAGUAUUUACAGGCAGACUAUAAUUAUAUCAGCGCCAUAGAGCCUGGGGCUUUCAGUAAGCUGAAUAAACUCAAAGUGUUGAUCCUUAAUGAUAACCUGUUGUUGUCUUUGCCCCCUAAUAUUUUCCGCUUUGUGCUCCUUACCCACUUGGAUUUACGUGGCAACCGGCUUAAGAUGCUGCCAUUUGCCGGGGUCCUGGAGCACAUAGGCGGCAUCAUGGAGAUCCAGCUGGAGGAGAACCCCUGGAAUUGCACCUGUGAUCUAAUUCCUCUCAAAUCCUGGUUAGACACUAUCUCCGUCUUUGUGGGGGACAUAGUCUGUGAGACGCCGUUCAGGCUGCACGGUAAAGACAUCACCCAGCUCAUAAAGCAGGAUCUGUGCCCGCGCAGGAAUGCUGGCGAGCGUGUGCACCCCCCGUCUGACUCUCACUUUCAAGGAGCCCUCCCCCCGACACACCAACCCGGCAUGGUCACCCCCACCCGAGCCCCGAAAGCAUCCCGGCCACCAAAAAUGCGCUACAGGCCCACCGCUCGCAUCUCAAAGGACAAACACGUCUUUGGGCCCAUAAUGGUUUACCAGACCCGCUCCCCUGUGCCCAUGCUGUGUCCCAGCGUGUGCGUGUGCACAUCACAAAACCCUGACAGCGGACUGAACAUUAACUGCCAGGAGAGGAAGCUGCAUAACAUCACUGAGCUCAACCCCAAGCCUUCCUACCCAAAGAAACUCCACCUGACUGGUAACUACUUGCAAGUCAUUUACAGAAACGAUCUGACUGAGUACAGCUCACUGGAGCUGCUCCAUUUAGGGAACAACAGGAUCGCAGUGAUUCAGGAGGGGGCAUUUGAGAAUCUGACAAACCUCAGACGUCUCUAUCUCAAUGGGAAUUACAUCGAAUCACUUACUCAAUCUCUUUUUGCCGGUCUGCAGUCGCUCCAGUAUCUGUAUUUGGAAUACAACAUCAUCAAAGACAUUUUACCACAAACAUUCAAUGCUCUGCAUAACCUGCAGCUGCUGUUUCUCAACAACAAUCUAUUACGGUCGCUCCCUGACCAUGUUUUCGGAGGAACCAUGUUAACAAGGCUCAACCUACGGAAUAAUCAUUUCUCCUACCUUCCAGUUAAAGGAGUUCUGGACCAGCUCUCAGCCUUCAUACAGAUUGACCUCCAGGAGAACCCCUGGGACUGUACCUGCAAGAUUGUGGCGCUCAAAAACUGGAUGGAGCUGUCCAGUACCAGCGUGGUGGUCAACGAAAUCACAUGUGAUUCUCCCUCGAAACACGCGGGUCGCCUGCUGCGCUCGCUUCGCAAUGAGGCCAUAUGCCCUGAGCCUAGUGAGGUGCCCCCACCACAAUAUGCCCCCCCUACAAAAAACCCUACGUUAAUAAGCCCUGGCACUGAAGCCACCAGUCCCUCUUCUGCUGCUUCUUCCUCUUCUUUUAGUUCCGUCAGCCCCACUGAAUCCAGACUCCACACCCCUGACUUACACUCUGAGGUCCCACUUUCAGUCCUGAUUCUUGGGCUCCUUGUCGUUUUCAUCCUUUCAGUAUGCUUUGGCGCAGGCCUCUUUGUUUUUGUUCUAAAACGGCGCAAAGGGGUAGAGCACGUGCCCACAGGUGCCAACAACUUAGAUCUCAACUCUUUCCAAGUGCAGUAUGGUUCCUACACUCCAGAACCAACCCAAGACAAAACCUCUGAAACACACAUGUAUAAUUACAUCCCCCCACCUGUGGGCUCCAUGUGCCAAAACCCCAUUUACAUGCAGAAGGAUGGUGAGCAGGUGGCUUAUUACCGUAAUCUGAAGGAGCUUAGCUUCGGGCCCCUGGAGGCAAAGAAGGAUGACGUCCUCAGCCGCAGCCCAGGGACCUACACCAUCAGCACAGUGGAUUUUAUGGAUAAAUCACCGACGUCAUGUGGUUUGUCCCCAGAGCCCCCUGAGAUGCUGUAUCAAAACUUAGGGGAGAGGCCCAACAAAGAGCUGCCCACAGCUGCAGGGGUACCUCCUUUCAAUUACAACUUUUGCACUUUACCUAAGAGACCUUGCAUCGUGCCCCCCUACGAGGUUGCUACAGCCCGGCGGCAUGUCACCAACCAGGACAGGUUGAACAAAACUGUGCUGUACGGGACCCCCAGGAAAUACUAUGGGGCCGAUCACCCAUCCAGAAACAAUGAGCACCCACUUCUGCUCCCUGGGAAGCUAAAAACAGAACCAGACUACCUGGAGGUUCUGGAGAAACAGACUGCGAUGAGCCAACUGUAA